UGUUUGUUCACGACAUUGAAGAAGGUGCACUCACAGUUGAAGUUCCCUACUUGCCUAAACCAACCAUCCCAAGAGCUCCAACCGAACUCCAAUCCUAGAAAGAAAUCUCACAGAUCUUUCGGGUUUGAUCGGUAUGGACUUCCACGAGAAGAUGACGCUAUGGAGCUACAUCGACGAAGAAGCAAAGAAAGUUGAGAAACCUACUCGUCCCUGCGUCCUUAACCUCCGGAGCUCGAGCGAACGCGAUGAUAUGCAGUUUCCGGCCGCUAGAAUCUCUGCUGCUUCCACAACAUCGAUCCCGGCACGGCCUAUGAGCCCCGAGACACCUUGGACGUUAUCGCCAAUUCGCACAUCUCCUUCGCAACCUCUUCUCUACCAUUGCCUAGCCUCCCUCCACCGCCAUGAAGGCAGCAUCCUUUCUCUCGCGGUAUCUAAAGACUUCAUAUUCACAGGAACCAAGAGCUGUAGGAUCCAUGCAUGGAGGCAACCGGAUUGCGGGGAAGUGGGUUACAUAAAAGCUAGCUCAGGAGAGGUUUGGGCGAUCUUAGCUUAUGGGAGGAUCUUGAUCACCGCACACGGGGACCACAGAGUUCGUGUAUGGGGUGUUUCGGCCGCGGACAACUUCCGGCCGAAGAAGAUCGCCACGCUACCCCCGAAGAACUCGUUUUUCGUGUUUCCGAGGAAGAGUUCGAAUCAGAAACAUAAGGAUUACAUCUCGUGUCUAGCUUACAACCACGAAGAGAAGCUCUUGUACACCGGCUCGUGGGACAAAACAGUCAAAGCGUGGAAAAUCCUGGAAAACCGGUGCGUCGAUUCGUUCGUGGCUCAUGAAAGCCACGUCAACGCGAUCGCGAUCAACCAAGACGACGGUUGCGUCUUCACCUGCUCCUCGGAUGGUUCGGUGAAGAUAUGGAGGAGGGUUUUCGGGGAGAGCUCGCACAUCCUUACCAUGACGCUAAAGUUCCAGCUCUCGCCGGUCAACGCCUUGGCACUGUCCUCGUCGCCGAGCACGUGCAUCCUCUACUCCGGCUCGUCCGACGGGAUCAUCAACUUCUGGGAGAAGGAAAAGACCUCGGGAAGGUUCAACCACGGAGGUUUCCUGCAGGGUCACCACUUCGCGGUCCUUUGCUUGGCCGCCGUGGCGGAUUUGAUCUUCAGCGGCUCCGAAGACGCGACCAUCAGGGUGUGGAGGAGAGAGGAAGGGAACUGCUUCCACACCUGUCUCGCGGUCAUGGACGGGCACCACGGACCGGUGAAAUGCCUGGCGGCAACUCUGGAGAGGGAGGCCACGGUGAAGGGCUUGCUGGUUUACAGCGCGAGCUUGGAUCAGACGUUCAAGGUAUGGCGAGUCAAGGUUUAUCCCACAGAGAAGGUGAGCCCGCAACACUCGGCCAUGGAGGAUCAGCAAAUCGAUGGUGUGGAUUUUGAGGCCAGUCCGGUAUUGUCGCCCUCGUGGGUGGUGAAAAAGCUUCAGGUUUAAUUCAGAAUAAGCCUUGCUCGAUGGUUGUCUGUGGAACUUUCUCUGUUAUAAUUCCCUUUGUUGAAAUUUUGGUUGUCUGCUCUCU